CGAAUAACUCUUUUGGAAAGUAAGCAACAACUUAUUUUGGAUAAUCAAAACCAAAUUUUGCAGAAAUUGGAAAACGUAGAGCAAAGCAAUUUAACUGCAACAAGUAAAAUGUACUCAAUCCUGGAACAAAUAAAAAAAAAAUUUCCAGAUAAGCUGAAAAGAUCAUUCCCAAUACCUAGCAUUAACGAGAUGAAGGAAAUCGAAUCUGCAUGCAGCGAGAAUUCAGAGCAUUAUAUUUCCGUAAUUAAAACCCUUAUUGCACCUGAAGGUUUAGCAAAAAACAUCGCACGUUUGAUUGACAGAAAGGUCAUCCUAAUGAUGAAUUAUGAUGGCGUCAAUAACAAAAUUUCAUUUAAGGAAUACAAGUGCUUCAAUAAUGCGAUAUUUGAAGCGCUUAAAAAGGAUGGUUACACAGAGAAGGAAUAUGUACGCGAUAUAAGAACUGCCUUCAAAAACUGCAAAAACGUCUUUUACAAAAACGCGUGUAUUGAAAGGAAAAAACAGUCAUUAAAACCGAUUCAAUAAUCUGUACUCACAUUUUUAUUAUUAAUUUAUUUUCCGCUACUGUACUAAAAUUAUAAUACUCAAAAUUAAUCCUUUAAGUACUGUCCACACUUGAAUGUGAAGUAUUUACCUUUUACCUAAAUCAAUACUUGCCUUACUGAGCACUGAAAUACUAUAUAUUUACUUGAAACCCUUAAAACUAUUAUCAAUUCCUAUGUAUUUAAUAUUAAGAUGCCUCAUAGACAAAAGAGAAUUUUAUUACACAGUACUACAAAAGAAGCUGAAAUACACCCGAAACUAAACUUAUUUUAUGUUGUGACUUGGGUCGAGUACACAUACAAUUUUAAUUGUUCUACUCGACCCUACCUACAACCUACACUAAGUUUUAUUCCUUGAUUUUUUGUGCACUGUGUAAUUAUUCGUUCGCAGCCAGACUGAAAUUAAACUCGCCCUCGAACUCGCAUAAUGGGGCGAUAUGCUUAUUAAAUAAACCGUUCCUACAUAAUUAUAAUAAAUUAAUUAAAAA